AUGGCGCCAUCGACCCAGCUCUUCCUCGUGCUCCUCGGCCUGAACUUGAUGGUCACCACUGUGCACGGUAGCUGUGAACCUCACUGCCCUACCCCGACCCCACCGUCUCCUCCAUCGACCAACGGCGGCUCAUGCCCUAUUGACACGCUGAAACUGCGUGUGUGCGCCAACGUGCUGAACCUGCUGAAGCUCGGGCUUGGCGUGCCGCCGAGCGAGCGGUGCUGCCCGCUGCUGGCCGGUCUGGCCGACCUGGACGCCGCGGUGUGCCUCUGCACCGCCAUCAAGGUCAAGGUCCUCGGCGUCAUCAACCUCAACGUCCCCGUCGACCUGGUGCUCCUGCUCAACCACUGCCACAAGACCUGCCCGCCCGGCUUCACCUGCCCGCACUGA